UAACACAGCACUGCAUAUUGUAGCCCAGACGCAAACUUGUGUCAGAUUGGAAGCAUGAUGUUUUAUGUCAUGUUGAUCUACAUUUUGUUGGAGGUGUUCAUCGCUGUUUGCUGCUGUCUUGGUAAUAUUUUGGUUAUUUUGGCGCUUUGGACCACUAAGUGCAUCAGGCAGCCGACCUUCUGCCUGAUUGUGUCUCUGGCUGUGGCUGACUUAAUGGUCGGAUGUAUGACCAUACCAUUGGCUGUGGUGGUGGCUGUAGGACUGAGGACUUCGUUCUAUGGCUGCCUCUUCCUCAGCUGUGUGGUCAUCCUGUUUACUCUGGUAUCCGUUUUGUGUCUUGUCGCUAUCGCAGUGGAUCGAUUCCUCCGUGUCUACAUCCCGCUCAGGUACAAAAGGACAGUAACACAGAUACAUUCCAGACGUGUGGUAGCAGCAUGCUGGCUUGUUGCUAUACCACUGAGCUUUGCUCCCAUGCUUGGAUGGUACAAACAUCCGACCUCAUCCAACACAACAACCACCUCUGCUAUGACCUGCCAGUUUACAGCUGUUAUCCCCAUGUCCUAUCUGGUUUACUUCAACUUUUUUCUGUGCACCCUGACACCUCUGUUGGUGAUGACUGCACUGUACGGAUACGUCUUCUGUACGAUCAGAGGAAACCUCAGAGAGAGACCAGGCAACGAUACCCAACAACAGUCUCAGAACUACCUGAGGAAAGAGAAAGAGCUGGCACUAUCUCUGUCUCUGGUCCUGGCUCUGUUUGCCCUGUCCUGGCUCCCUCUCCACAUCAUGAACUGCAUUGUUCACUUUGAUAAGAAGACUCAUGUACCAGGCACAGCUUUUUAUGUUGGCAUCCUGCUUUCUCAUGCAAACUCGGCUAUAAACCCAGUUGUGUAUGCGUUCAAAAUACCAAAGAUCAAGAUUGCGUACCUGGCGCUUUGGAGACAGCUAACUGCAUGUGGAAAAGAAAUCCAAGGGUCUCAGACAAGCCAGACAACAGACAAUAAUCUAAGUAGUAACACGAACAGUGAAGCCAAAAAUAAGUGCACACAUCUUGGGUUGGAGAACAAGCAGCGGGUGUAUAAAGUAGACUUUGUUGUUUAACAAUAAAAGCUCCUCUAAUCAAUUCCUGCCAUCAUUUCUGAAAGGAAAAGCCAACAAAUAUUCUGAUUCUCCUGCAAGAGGACUCCAGUGAAAUCAGUGAAUGAGAAAUACAAGCUAAUAGACAAGGUAUGGUGAGUGCAAAGGUUGAUAACUUGAUCAUACUGUAAGUGCUAACAUGAGGGUGCUAAAAUCACUCACUUUAAACAGCUGGAGCACAGUCUUAUUGGACCAUCUGUUAGCACAAUAAGCUUCACAGUAAUCCAUAUGUUCUAUAUCCAAAUAAAAAGCACCAAAACCACAACCGAGCCAUUUGCAUUGUGUUUUUUUUUUUGCCACAGAGGCUGCGCUCGUUCGAUGUCAAAAAGCUACAAUUUAACCUAAAAAGAUGAUAUUCUCUACAUUUCUAUGGUUAACAAAUCUAUGAAUGUGCACUGAAAGAUCUGUAAGGUUCAAGCACGUGUGUGUUUGUGUAUAUAUUUGGGUAAUAAUGUGUGUGUGUUUGUAUUACGAAAAACUUUCUUGGAGAGGAGAAGGGUGACUUCAACUCGUCUCAAAGUUCAGUUUGACGCUGAGUUUCAUAUCACUGUUUUAAUUUUUUUCACUUUCUGAUCAAGUUCCAGUUCUUCAUGUUCAUUUCCACAGAAAACACUAUAUUGGAAAUCCCCCUUGCCAUUAAUCAUAUGUAAAAAAAGGUUAGCCAACAUGACCUGGUAAACUGUCUGCAAUGCAAUUCAAUGAAUGAAACUGUGUAAACCUGAUUGGAAUAAUAAUAAUAAUGCAUUUUAUUUAUAGGCGCCUUUCUCAUCUCUCAUGGUCACCUUACAGACACAGCAGUAAAACCGUUAGUAAAAACAAGAACACAAUCAACUACAUAAAACAUAAAGCAGCAAUAGUAAGACGGGCAUGGUCAGACAGAAUAGGUUAAUCUAAAAAGGUGUGUUUCGAGCUUUGAUUUGAAGGUGGGGAGAGAGAUAAUAGAGUUGUUACUUUUUUUUACUUUGACAUCCAAAAUCUGAUGAAAAUGUUGAUUUCUGUAAUGUUAAACACACAUUUCCAAACCAACUAUUUGUUGAAUUCCAAUGUACAGGUACUCUUGUUUUGAUGAUCAGUUGGUUUUUAAUAUGUUAUAAACACAAUUAACAAAUGGAACAUGAUGUACUUAUUUCAGUGUUUCUACUGCUAUUCAUUUUGUGACAUGUAAUCUCAAAGAGUAAACAGAAAUAGAGACAACA